AUGGCAUCUACCACGCCUCAGCAGUCGACUACCCGGGAUCCGACCUUCCGCAACUACGAUCCCUCGUCGGCAGCGAAAUACCUCAAGCACCGGCCCCGGUACGCAGACGCGCUGAUCGACCUGGUCAUCUCGAAACACACUUCUUCCGGCGGCCAGUUGGACCUAGUGCUCGACGUCGGGUGUGGACCGGGCAUCGCGACCCUGUCCCUGGCCCCGCACUUUCAACAUGCCAUCGGCGCGGAUCCCGGUCAGAACAUGAUCGAGACGGCAAAGACGGUCCCUUCUACGACCAAAUCGGGCGAACCCAUCGCGUACGAGGUCUGCCCGGCUGAGGCUUUGAGCACGUUGUCCGCUCUCAAAGCCUUUUCAGGCAGCACCGACGGUCGGGAGUGCGUGGACCUCAUCACGGCCGCGACCGCCGCGCAUUGGUUCGACAUGCCUCGCUUCUGGGGCGAGGCGGCCAAGGUCCUCAAGCCGGGCGGCAGCGUCAUAAUCUGGUGCUCGGGAGGGCACCGCUGUGACCCGAACAACACGCCCAAUGCGGAGAAGCUCCAGGAGUGGUUCAAAGUCUUUGAAGAGGAGGUGCUGGCCCCUUACGAGCAGCCCGGUAAUAAAUUGGCACGGGAGUUGUACAUCAAUCUCGGACUACCCUGGGAAUGCCUCGACCGGAUCGACGGCGCGGACCAAGAACUAAAGACCCUGCUGAAGGAGUUUGACGAGACUCGGUUUGAGAGGAUCGAGUCGGAUCGCGACGGCCGCAUCGCCUCCGACGGGACUGCCUUCUCCGAGUACCGCAAGGUGGAUUUCGCAACCAUCAAAGCCAUGUUGGGCACGGCGAGUCCCAUCACGCGGUGGAGAGAGGCCCACAAAGAGAAAUUGGAAAGGGGAGAGGUGGAGGACGUGAUGGAUAUGAUGAUCAGGAAAAUGAAGGAGAUCCUCGAGGAAGUGCCAGAGGGCAAGGGGCGCGACUAUAUCGAUGGUGGGAGCGGGAUGGUCAUCUUGGUCGUGAAGAAAAAGAAGUAG